AUGAACUCCGAUGCGAGUUUGAUUACUGCGCUCGUAGAGCGGUGGCGACCCGAGACGUCGACCUUCCAUAUACCGUUUGGUGAGAUAACGAUCACGUUAGAGGACGUUGUUACACUGUCCGGUCUAGCGAUCGACGGUGAUGCCGUCGUAGUUGAUAUACCGGAUGAGGAGUGGUCGACGAUCUUUUUGAGACUGUUAGGACGGGUUCCGGCUGAUCUUUCAGGCGGUGUCGGUGUCGUUAGGAAUGUUUGGCUGAGGGAUGAAUUCAGUCAUCUGCCGGGAAAUGCAUCACAGGAGGUUAUAGAGCAGUUUGCACGAGCUUAUGCUCUAUCUCUGAUAGGAGGUGUACUUUUCCCGGAUCGGUCUGGAGCUACGGUGCACCUACAAUACCUACUUCUGAUUGAGGAUUGGCAGAGAGCUGGACGGUUCGCCUGGGGAGCUGCUGUUUUAUCCUACAUGUACUGUGAGAUGGGCAGGUCGACUUUGCACAUUACGCAUUCCGGCACUUCUCCAGGCGGUGACCUUGAUGGAUGGGUCGCCCUACUGUAG